AUGAAGCUCAUAAACAUUAUUCCCAUCCCCCUAUCCCUACAAUUCACAUACGCUACAAUUCUACCCCAAGAUGACCUUCUUGAGAUCUUCGAAGAUUGCCACAUUCCCGUGGCUGGCAUCAACUGGCUCCCGUGCGGCUUUGAUAUAUACAAGUGCGCUACUCUAUCUGUUCCUCUCGACUAUACCGACAAAUAUAACAAAAAUACUACCACAUUGAGUUUAAUCAAGCUCAGUGCCAGCAAAACCCCAUUCAAAGGCAGCAUCAUUGUGAACCCUGGUGGUCCCGGCGUUUCUGGAAGAGAGUUAUUGUUGACGGAUGGACACAACUUGGCUAACAUCGUUGGUGGACACCACGACAUAAUCAGUUUUGAUCCACGGGGUACUGGCGAGACGCUACCUCCGUUUGGCGGUGAAACAUUGCCUGAGAAAAUGAUGGGAGAGGUGCUCAGCAUCAUCCGAAAGACGCCGCCCAACAAGUCUCAAAAGUGGAUGUACGGUACUUGGUCAUCUGCACGCAAUAUUACCGAAUACUUAUUUGCGAAGGCCACGGGCCGUGAGGAAUAUCUUGGCACUGCAUUCACAGCCAGAGACAUAUCAGAAAUUGCCAACGCAUUAGGGGAAGGUAACCAGAUCAACUACUGGGGCAUGUCAUACGGCACGGUCCUGGGCCAGGUUCUGGCUGAUAUGUUUCCUGACCGUAUUGGACGUAUGCUGCUUGAUGGCAAUCUGCUUGUCGACGACUAUGUAGAGACCCUCGGGGAAAACAGUAUCAAGGAUGCCGAAAUGGCCUUGUAUCAUUUCUACGACGAAUGCAAAUCAGCUGGACCUCGUUUAUGUUCUUCAGCAAGCAAGCUUCCCGAACGAUAUGACUUCCUCGAGGUCUUCAAUCGUAUCAUCAAGUUGACUAAGUCGAUUCUCAGCAAUCUCUAUGGUCCUGAAGGGUAUCAUGAACUGGACGAGAGUAUUAGCGCCCUUCUAAACGACGAUGAGUGCAACUUCGAACUCAAUAUUCUCGGCUUCGCAUCUGCAUUCGACAACCCUCAAUCUUUCCUCCCCUAUUGGGCGAUCCUUUGCAGUGACACAACUUUUCGCCCUAAAAGUCCUGAUGAUUAUUUCUCUUCAUACCGAGUCAAUGAGGUUCAUAGCCCUUUUCUUAACCAGUUCCUGCUUACCCAGUUGCCGUGUGUUCAUUGGAAGGCACGCGCAGCCGAGCAGAUAAAUCUAGAUCGCCCUGAAACAGUCCAUACAAAAACCCCCAUCCUUCUCGUCAACGGUGCCUACGAUCCAAUGACUCCUUUGGGUAAUGCCCGGAAGAUAUCUGCCCGAUUUCCUGGAAGCCAGGUUGUUGUUCACGAAGGUGUUGGUCAUGGAUUAAUCUCCCAUCCUUCCAGGUGCACUCGAGAGAUUGUAGCCAGAUAUUUCAUCGAUGGAGACCUGCCCCAGAAAGAGAUCAGGUGUAAGCCCGACAGUACCGUCUUUGAGUAUGUUGCUUCUCAGCAUACGGAGGAGGAAAAUCAUGCCGUAAAACACAAGACUUCGGUUCUCUUGUGGAUAGUGCUCGGUUUCCUGUGGACGUUUUUGAUGUUGGGCGAGUUGGCGAGAUAA